AUGGGUACGGCGGAUCCGCCGGAUUUACCUCUUUCUCCGACGAAAGUAGGUUCAUCUCUGGGGGAGGCGCAAGGAACUGAUCGAUUAGUGAAGAAUGGGGGAGAUUCUACGGAGGUUUUGGAUUUGACGAAGAGUAUGGGGGCUACGGAAUCUGCGACGGAUGGAUCAUCAGAUCUAUCUCUAAAGGCUUUGACGGAGAAACAAGCUCAGGUUCCGAUUAAAUCAAAAGGAUCGUAUGCUGGUGUGGUUCAAGGUCAGAAAUCUUUGAAGAAAUAUGAGGUUGAGAUUGAAAUGAAGGAUGGUAUAGACUCGAUAAUGGUACCAGAAGAGAUCACGAAGGAUGUUGCUCCGCUUUGGGAUGAUUUCCUAAUUGGAAAAUUUCUCGAUACCGCUCCUCACAUUGCUAAGGUGCAUUCGAUUGUGAACAAGAUCUGGACGUUGAACGAUAAGAAUCAGAAGAUUGAUGUGUUUGAGGUCAAUGCAACAACGAUGAAGUUCAGAAUACUGAAUCAGGCGGAUAAAAACAGAAUUCUGAGAAGAGGAAUGUGGAAUUUAGCUGGGGUGCCGGUGGUAAUGACAAAGUGGUCUCCGGUGGUAGAAAAGGAGAAACCACCGACUCAAUCUAUACCAAUGUGGGUUCAUGUUAAGAAGGUUCCAUUGAAGAUGUUCUCGUGGCAAGGAUUAAGUUUCGUAACAAGUCCUUUGGGAGUACCAGGGAGAUUGCAUCCAGAAACGGCUCAGUGUCUUAAUCUGGAGGUGGCGAAGGUGUUUGUCAAUGUGGAUUUAACAAAGGAUCUCCCAAAACAUCUGAAAUUCAAUGUUCAAGGAGAAGAGGUGCUCGUGGAAUAUAGCUAUCCGUGGUUGCCAAAGAAAUGUGAGAAAUGUGAGAAAUGGGUGCACACUGAGAAAAUAUGUAGUAUGCGAGGAGAAGGGUCGAGAAAUAAGCAGGGGGAUUUGGAGGAAGGAGAGAUUAGAGAUGAUAGUCUUGAGAAGGGAAAAGAAGGUAGUAAGGAGAAGGAAAAGGAUCAAGAGGAAACAAGUACUGAGAUUCAAACGGAGAAGGGUUUAACAGAGAUACAGACGAUGGAAGUUCUUGAUAAUGGGAUAGCUACAGGGGAGAAUACACCAGAGGCAAUAACUAAAGGAAAUGAAUGGGAAGAUGUAUCUCCGGGUAAAGCAAGUCGCUCUCCUAGAGAAUUGGAGUUUGGGCAGGUAUCUAUACUUACUAAGUCCAGAUUCUCAGUGUUGACACCAGUAGAAGAAGGAGAUCCACCUGAGAAUGAAGAUAAACAAGCUCAGAGUGGAGAAGAUGGGAGUUCAUCAGACGAGAAGGAAGAGGAAAUGAUUCAUCGAAAAUACUUACCGCGUGAUUCUAAGAUAAAUCAUAGAUACUUGAAAGGAGGUCAGAAAGCUCAGGAUACAAGCCCGAGCAAUCUGAAUAGAAAGAAACCCCGACGUCAAUAA